AUGUCGUUCCAUGCUGCUCUGCGCAGGGUGGCGCAUCAGCGUGUCGCUCUUCUCUGCGGUACAAUCGGGGCGGCGACAGACGCCGCUGCCGUGCCCACCCUGACUUCCUUCGGUGCCCUUGGCGGCCGUCGGUGCGGCGCGGCGACGAUGCUGGUGAGUGUGCGUUGCAUUAGUUGGAACCCGGCGAAGUGGGCGGGCGAGCCCGUCGUGGGGCGGGAGUCGCACCGCAACCUUGAGGAGGAGCUGCCGGAGGUGUUCGCGCAGCAGCCGCAGGAGGUGGAUGACUUCAUUCGCCCAGACAAAAGCGUCUUUGAGCGGCUCGAGGAUUUCUGGGACUGGAUCGUGAGCUUCAUGCAGCCGGUGGAGAAGCAGAUGGAGAUUAUGCGCAGUCUGCGGCACAACGGGUUUCUUGGGUUUGAUUUUGGAAGUUGGGGCAUUGUGUUUCUUUUCUACGGUAUCGUGAUGCGUCUGUGCACCCUCAUUCCCUCCCUCUACAGCCACCGGAACGCGCUGCGGAUGAGCUACAUUGGUCCACAGAUUUCUGAGAUCACCAACAACCAAAAUCGGGCCAAAAAUGACCGCACACUCAGCACUGCGGAGAAGCGCGUGAUUAAAGAUGGUUACAACCGAAUGAAAUAUGCUCUGAUGAGGAAACACGGGUGUGCACAGUGGAAGAGCUUUCUUACAAUGCUCACUGCCCCCGUUACCAUGUCUGCCUUCUUUUCUAUCCGUCGUCUGGCCAUAUAUGAGUCGGACCUGGAGAUGGCACCGUUCCUGUGGGUGAAGGACCUGACCAUGCCGGACCCCACGUACGGGCUACCGCUCAUUUGUGCGGGCAUGUUUUUAGCGAACUUUGAGAUGAACCAGCAAAUGCAGCGUGGUGGGCGAAGCUCCUCUGGUAUUUACAUCCGCUGGGCGGUGCGUGCAGGGUCGCUUGCAGGCGUUUACAUGUUUGCGUCGCAGCCCUCUGCCAUGUUUGCGUACUGGAUUGGCUUGUCGACGGCAGGUCUGCUGCAGCCGCUGCUGUUGCGUUGGCAGCCGUUCCGCGACUUCUUCCAGUUUCCCGAUCCUCCACAGGCCGCAAAGUCACAGAUCAUCGCGGAGGUCAAAGGCCCGUCCUUGAUGGAGCGACUUUUCACCUCAAAGGAGGAACAGGCACGACGUGAGAAGGAGCGGCAGUCGCUUCGGGAGGAACGCAGCAGGAAGAAGUUUGAAAAGGUAGACGACUACGACGAUGUCGUUUUUGGCGAGGAUGACGAUCUCCACAAAGCGAAGAGAAGGUACUGA